AUGCUCUCCCAGCUGCACGAAGGCACCAUGUGGAGGACGGCAGCCUCCCUUGUCUUCCUCUGGCUUCAUCUCCAGGCGGCAGGAUGUUUUUCAGGAGACAGUGGACAUUUUUUGGCAGUUCAUCAGAGGAAGAAUUGGAAGCCAAUGUUCAUUUAUCAUCAUGUGCAAAGUAUUGAGAAAAGUUUGGAUACCAGUGAUCAGAAGAAUUAUGGAAAAAAAUUCCACUUGCCUUCCCAUGUAAAAAUAGGCAAAUUACACCCUGCAAUUAUAGUUAACUCAGCAUUCUCCAGACCAGCAUUUGACCCAAGUCUCAAUCUCUUAGCUAUGGCGGGAGAACAUCAGGAAGUGGAAAACCUGCCCAUCCCAGCAGCUAAUGUGAUUACUAUGACUCUGCAAAUGGAUGUAAACAAGCUGAAUAUCACAUUGCUUCGGAUUUUCCGCCAAGGAGUGGCUGCUGCUUUAGGACUCUUGCCGCAGCAAGUGCAUAUCAACCGACUGAUUGGCAAGCGGAACUGUAUUGAACUCUUUAUAUCUCCAGUCAGUAGUAAAGGAGUUUCUGAUACUAUCCCAUCCAAAGAAGUGCUACGAUCCCUUAAUAUCAACGUCCUACGCCAAGGAUUAACCCAGUUUGGAAUUACAGAGAUAACCCCAGAGAAAAAUGUUUUGCAAGGCAAGCAUGAGUCGGAUAAACUCUGGAGUAAAGAAGGAUUUUAUGCUGUCAUAAUCUUUCUCAGCAUCUUUGUUGUUAUUGUGACAUGUCUAAUGGUUUUAUACCGAGUGAAAGAGAAAAUACAAUUUUCUGUGAGACAGGAUAAGAACAAAAAACAGGAAAUACACCUUUCUUCUGUCCCUCUGCAAAGAACUCCAUCUGAAUAUAAGACAGCAAACAGAAUGGUCCAACCUGAACAGACCCAUAAAGUACUAAAUGUUGUAGUAGAUCCCCAUGGACAAUGUACGACUGAGAUCAAGCCUCCACUUUCUGCCAAUCCAUCACCUUUCAAAAUGAAACCAGUGGGGCUACAAGAAAGACGGGGAUCCAACGUUUCGCUCACGUUAGAUAUGAGCAGCUUAGGAUGUGCUGAACCUUUAAUAGCUGUGCCAACCCCAAGGGAAAAAGUAGCAAUGGAGUAUCUACAGUCAGCUAGCAGAAUGUUGACCAAAGAGCAAUUAAAAGAUGUAGUUGAAAGUUCUCAUUUACUUCAGACAGAAUUCAUGGAAAUCCCCAUGAAUUUUGUCAAUCCUAAAGAAAUAGACAUCCCUAGUCAUGGAACCAAAAAUCGUUAUAAAACCAUUCUUCCAAAUCCUGUAAGCAGGGUAUAUUUGAAACCAAGGAACCCAGGGGAUGCUUUGAGCACCUACAUAAAUGCUAACUACAUCAGAGGUUAUGCUGGCAAGGAGAAUGCUUUCAUUGCAACUCAGGGUCCUAUGAUUAAUACCGUGAAUGAUUUCUGGCUGAUGGUAUGGCAAGAAGACAGUCCUGUUAUUGUUAUGAUCACAAAGCUGAAGGAGAAAAAUGAGAAAUGUGUGCUGUAUUGGCCAGAGAAGAGAGGGAUAUAUGGAAAAGUGGAAGUACUUGUUGACAGUGUGCAGGAAUGUGAGAAUUACACUAUCCGCAAUCUAACAUUAAAGCAAGGAAACCAGUCGAGGAAUGUCAAACAUUACUGGUACACUUCUUGGCCAGAUCACAAAACUCCGAUCAGUGCUCAACCUCUUUUACAACUCAUGCUGGAUGUAGAAGAGGACAAGAGGGCUUCAACUGAUAGAGGUCCUACUAUUGUUCAUUGCAGUGCUGGAAUAGGAAGAACAGGGUGUUUCAUUGCUACUGCGAUUGGUUGCCAUCAGCUCAGGGAAGAAGGAGCUGUUGACGCAUUGAGUAUUGUCUGCCAACUGCGUUUGGACAGAGGUGGAAUGGUCCAAACAAGUGAACAGUAUGAAUUUGUUCAUCAUGCCUUGAAUCUGUAUGAAAGCAGGCUCUCCGCUGAAGCCAUCCAAUGAAACCAAGAUGGAAAAAGUAAACAGGUCACUCUCUUAUGAGGUAAUUUAUUUCAUUACCUUCAAGCAACUUCUUCAAGGAGUUGACAGCUGUAUAAGGAGAAACAGAGCAUUCAACCUGUCAAAGGAAUGUGGAUCAUUUUUUUAAAAAAGCAUUGAAGAUUGAUGGACUCUUGUUUUGAAUGUAUUGUUCCUGAAACAGUUUUAAUGAAGGUUAAUAUGCUGAUGUUACAUUGAAUUUUUCACAUAUACACACACAUGUAUACAUGUGUGCAUAUAUUAAGGAAGAUUUAUUUCUGUAUUAAUGGAAUAUGAAACACUGAAUGUAUGUAUGUAUGUAUAACAACUGGAUGUGGGAAGUUUCACAGAAGAAAUGUGUACACAUGCUUCAAUGUUUGCAAAGUCUGUCUUGUGAAUAGCCAGUCAGAUGUUCAAUUGUAUCUGCUAAGUGCUAUUCCCUAUUAUGCGGUAAACUUAAUUUGGAGUGCCCUGGAUUCUUGGUGGUAAAAGCUGCAAGGGGAUGGUUAUGAGUAGUAAUAUCCAUAGCAUCCUA